UUUCAUGUCUUUAACUGUUUUUUUGGACAAAAUAUCUUAUUAGUAGAUUUCUAAUUGCAGCUGCUUUAUUAUUUUCAAUCCUUCUGGACAAUAAGACCUCUAUCACAGAUAUUUUAGAUUCCUCUUGAUCUAUUCUUUAGUGUAGUAGUAUUUUUCACUAAGUUUCUGGAUCUUUUGAAAAUAAAGCUAGAUCGCUUUCAUAUCUUCAACAUUUCUUUAAUCAAUUCAUACAUCUUUUCUAGGAGUUGAUUUUUGAGGGCCGCUUCUUUUGUUACAUAACUCCUUUCUAAUACUUUAAUCUUCAAGUCAUAUUCUCGAAUAGCUUGUUUCAUUUUACUAAUAGGUCUUUGGAUAUAAGACUCUGUUUCUUUUCAAGCUUAAAUUUCACCAUCAAUAAGCCUUGAAGGUUAUCUUUUAAGAAGCUAUUUCUCGUAUUUGCUUCUUUAGGUUUCCAAUCUCUUGAUGUAGUUUGGCCUUUUCUAUAUCUCUUUGCUAUACUUCCUCUAUCACAUCCGAAUAGAAAGAAGUAAUACUAUUUGAUGAUUUUUCUUCGGUUUAUCAAGUGUCCUUUUUAUGUUUUCAUUCAUCUAUUUCUACAUUUCUCAUCGUUUAAAUCACCAUGACUAAUUCUUCUUGUUUUCUUCAAUAAAUUUGUGUUUAGGCAUAAUAAGCUCUCUUUUAUGUGGUUCAAUAAAUGCCUGCUUCUUUUCAAAUUUUUACUUGAAGGUUUUAACUUAAUUUUAAGAAUCUGAUUUUAUUUUAGAGAAUUGUCAAGAAAUGUUUUUCCUUAAUUUUCUGAUUCUUUCCCUUACUCUCUAAUACACUUCUUAAUUUUACAAUUAUAACCAGUGGGAGGGUGGACAGUUCAGAGUUCAACUCAUCUCUUUUGCUUCAAGUGUCUUUAUUUUUCCUUUGUAUUCCUGUUCGAAUUCUUGUCUAAAUCUACCUUCUCGCUGAUGAAAAUUCUCAAAUAUUCUUCCGUAUUUCUCUGUUAAUUCUUUUACUUCCUGUUUCUUUAAUAAUCCAGUCUUUUCGUGAUUAUCUGAGUUUCUGAGAGAAUUCCUUUCUGCUUCAUUAAAAUUCCUAGUUCUCAAUUUUCUUGAUUUAAAUCCUAAACUAGCCUCAACAGAAGCAUACAGGUGAUCUCUUUUUUUAUAUAGAUUUAUCUUUCUGUCAAACUCUUGAAUUUAAGUGAUUAAAUUAUUUAUUUCUCUCUUUGUACUGCAGGUUUGGCGACCUUUGAUGCUAGUUUAGUUAUUUAAAGCUGUAAUUUCUGAUUCCUUAGACUGGUUAAUUUAUUUCAGAUUUUGAAUUUUAGCCUUAAAUUGUUUAUGACUUUUAGCAAGAUCUUUACUAAUAGAUUCCUUCUGUUUUGUUAAUUUAUCUUCUAAGCCUUGUAUCUUUGCUUCGUAUUGGACAGUGAAUUCUUCGAAUAGGAUGCAGUAUUUUUUCGAAGAGUUGCAAAAAUUUGUUUCAUAUUCACUGAUAUUUUUAAUUUUGCUAUUUUAUGUUGCUCACCCUUUGCCAAUAUUUUGUUUAGAUGGCUUUUCUUAAGUAGUUCAAUUUUCCUUUUUAUAGUAAUCCCUUAUUUUCUUAAUUUAUUCUUGAGUUUUUUAUUUCUCUGAUGAGCUUGUCUAAAGUAGUUUUUCCUACAUUUCAUUUUGUCUUUAAGUUUAGCCUUGAUCUUUU